AUGCAAAAAAUGAAAAUAAAAAAAGUUACUUACCACAAAAAUAAAAGGGUGCAAAAAAAUAAAAUAAUAAUAAUGCCAAAACAGAAGUGAGCUGCCAGGGACCAAUAAUGAUGAUGCACCGGUGUUUUACGAUCUAGGCACAGAAGAUGAAGGCGAAAAGCUGAGCAAAGAAGUUAUUGUUUAAUUUCACUUAAAGUGCUUUUUUUGUGACACCACUUUUUCUUGCAUCUUAAACUUCCUUUGUGGCUUUUCUUUUCUUUUUUUAUCUGCACCAUUUCUUUUUUUUUAUUUGCAAUGAGCUUCUGUUUUCUCUUUUUUUGCAUCUUUUUUAUUUGCAGCAGUGGCAGUUCUCGGCCACCAUACAAAUCACUCCAAUUUUAUUAAUUAAUUUUAUUGUCUUUUCAUAUUGUGUCUUUUUUAACCUUUUGCAUUGUUAGUUUUAUUUCUCAAUAUUUUCUGUAUUUUAAAUUGUGUUUUUUUUUAUUAUUUUUCUUGCUUUGUAAAGCGUCUUUGAGCACCUGUAAAAGCGCGCUAUAAAUAUAUAUUUUUAAUUAUCAUUAUUAAAAUUAGCGCUUCGUUAAAAACUACAAGUCCCAUGAUGCUUCGCUGCCAAGCUGACCAAAUGGAACACGGAGCAGACCAGCCGUUGUGACAGCUGAGCAGCAAGUUUUCUGCUGAGAGAAACUUCAGCGCCGACAACAACCUGAAAUAGACACGAAGGGAAAGGACAUGUAAGCUGAAUCUUUUUUUCUUCUCUCUCUAUUUAAUUCCUCCUCUUUUCUCUCAAAGACUGUUGAGGUUUUCACCUGUCGCUUUGUCGGCUCUCUAAACUGUCCAAACUUGGUGAAGGGAUUUUUCCAUACUGCUGCAGGGUGUGGGAUUCCUCCUGAGUGGAAGUGUUGAUGUUACGAUUCGAGGACACCUUUGAUAAACAUUGACAAAUAGUUGAACAUUUAAUAUGAAUUUAUUUUUAACUCUCUAGCUAACAGUUUCGAAAGAUGAAAACUGUGCACCGGUAAGUUUUAUUUGUAGCUAACUUAGCUCGUAAGCUCCCCUUUUCCUUUACUUCUCGUUUUGCCAUGAGCACUACAAUGACCCAAGAGUGAGAUUAAAAAUUGAUUUUAUACCAUUGUGAUUUAAUUUAUAGUCUUACUAAUAUCCUAAUGUGAGAAACAGGAGGAGUAAAACUCUUAACUAAAGGUUAAAAUCCUGUCCUUGUUAUCCUGAAGGUGAGACUUGGAGUGAAAAUCUCUGUUUAUCUCUGUACAUGUAGUUUUAUUGCAUUCUUAGACAGCAGACAAGCUAAAGGUGCAGCCUCUGUGCACACCAUAGACUGUAUAUAGAGGUCUAUGGUCGAUAGGUCUAUACAGUCUGUGGUACACACUGGCUGAUGAAUGACACCUUUGUGUGCAAAUCUCAUUUUCACCGUGUAUUCAGCACAUUAAAAUGGAGGAUGGGAGUGGAGUGGAAUCGCUCACCCAGAAUAGAAAAUACAGUUAACUCCAGUCUAAACUAAAACUAGGUUUUGGUAUUAUAUCCCUAAGCUUAUGUAAAGUAAGAAGCACAUGAUGACCUUUGUUGUAAUACAACCAAGGGAGAGGAAUAAAUGAAUCACAAUGAAGGAAUCUCUCCGGGGCUCUCCUCUUUGUUUGUGCAUUUGUAUAAAAGUGAAGGAAAACUCUCAAAGGGUUUUUUCGUAUCAAAUGAACAACAUGUAACAUGAAAGUGCACUAAAAGUGAUUUCAUGAGAAUGAUAGAACCCUGUAAAUGUGUCUUUUCAUCAUGUUACGGUGAGUCAGCAACAUGCUUGUCCAUGCUUGUUCAGAAAUUUUACAAAAGUUUCAAAAGCGAAAUAAACUUGACAUUUGGUUCACAAACACACCCAAAAGCAUGCAGGCAAGAGGUCAGUGUUUACAUAUGCAAAAAGAGUAAUAGCUGAGGUGCAUUACAUCAAGAUUAAGUGGUAGAUUAAGUCUACAACACAAAUUCUCCCAGCUUUACCAAAUUAUUAAGUAUUUAUCCGUCAAAAUGAGUUUCUCUCACUUUUGGCUCCUUCUCAAUUGAAACCAACUGAACACAGGAGGAACACAAAGUCUGACAAAACAUGAAAGAGAAAACAACUUUCCAAUGUACUCCUCCCAAAAGGUAACUUAGUGUUAAGGUUUAAUUGAGCUUUAAUUACGUUAAGAAGCUUAUUUCUGUUUAUCAAGAUCACCGGUCAAAUAAGUCAUAAACACACACACACCCUUUUUGUAGAGCACAUGCAUUUGAGUCCAGCCUAGUUCGAUGAGGAAGAUAUUAAAUUUGAAUUUGAUUCUUUAAUAUUCACUUAAUUUAUUAUUUUAGCUUUAAUAAUCUGGUUGGUUUAUUCUUUUGAGUUUGGUUGUUUUUAUUUUCUCCAUUUAUUAAUUCUCUGUUUUUUCUUUGAGAUUCAACAAAGAAAAGAAACUUUCCACGAAGAGUUAGAUUAAGUUUUGUAAUGGCACACAGAGGAGGUUUAGAUUAGACUCAAAAAGUCCAGAAUAGUUGAGAAACAAAAGCUCCUUACUCUCUGGACAACAUCUUGUGUGAUGUAAUUAAAUAUUUGUGCUCCUUCCUGUGAUAUCAUGACUAUCAGGUUACAAGUUGGAUAACAGAGGAGAGUUUUUUUGCUAUUUUCGUACAAUAGUAGGAUCACGAGAAACUACAAUGCCCUUUUUUGGGAAACAUGCAGGCUUUUAAUAAGACUCUGCCAGACUGCUAAAAAAAACAUGCAGACUGCUUUGCCGUUUGUUGUUGAAGUUUUAUCAGAAGAAAAAAAUGUUUGGGGGGAAAAUAGCAUUAAAAGCAUCAACCACUCUUCCUUAUUAGACUAAUCACUACACUAAGAUCUUUUUAAACCUAAGCAUUACAGUAAGACAGCUUUAACAUAAACAGCAGCCUCUUUGAGCCGUGUGUUACACACUAAAGCUGUUGUUCUUCACUGAAUACCUGAUUUCUUUUCCUCUGAAGUGGUCUGAAUAUGCUGUGGAGAAACUGAGGUCGACACAAGUGCACAUGUGUGACAUUGUAAGUUAAGAAUACCAUUAGUCAGGUGUCGAAACACUCCUGCUGAUUUAACACAUAUGUUUUGGUCAUGUCCAGCCUUGGCAACCUGCCGGUCCACCAUCUUUUGAACGUUGUCAGAAGCAUUGAAUAUUAAUCUUCAACCCAACGCAGCAAUGGCCAUAUUUGGCACCACAGAUAAGAGACAUACAACAUUAAGGAAAAGUUAUAAAAACAUAAUUGCUUUUACGACGCUGCUUGCACGUAGAAGAAUUUUAUUGCAUUGGAAAUAAAAAAACCCACCCAAAGAAUCUGUGUGGUUUAGUGACCUGACACAAUUUAUACAAUUAGAGAAAAUAAAAUAUACUCUAAGGGGGUCUAGAGACAAAUUCUUUUCUGUCUAGGAUCCGGUGUUGAAGCAUUUAGGUAAACUUACUGUGCCCACUCAAUAACCACUUCAAAUCCAUGUGAAUCUUAUCUUCCUGUUUUGUGCACAGCAUCAGUGUUGGAGAACUCAAUUAUGUGCUUAAAAUGAAAUCACAAAAAGGAGCAUGCUCACAUUUAGUAGCAUAUAGAAACAUUAACAAGAACGAUCUGUCCAAUGUCUUCUUAACAAGUUUGAUCAGUCGGAGAUAGACGGUUAUUAAUUGCUCUGUAAAUCAGUGACUUGUGCUGAUGAUGGGGAACAGACUUGGCAUUGUUGCUGUGAUAAAGACUGAACCAAAAGCGCACAUCUCAUUUGGAUAAUAGAGUUGAGACCAGGGCCUGGCUGAUGCAAAUGACUCAGUCCAUGAGGAAGAGGGGAAUCCUGACCUGCAGCUGCACUACUAAGACCCUGACGUUGAGUGCUGCUGUACUCCUGUCUCUCUCUCUCUGUCUGUCUGUCUGUCUGUCAUGUCUCAGGCUCACACCAUAACAAACCAGCACGCCUUCCCAUAUGUCUCACUUCCUCUUUCUCCCCCUCUUCCUCCUCCUCCUAUUUCAUUUGUCCCUCGGCCCCGCCUCACUGUUGCUCUCUCUCUCUCCAUGUCUCUCUCUCUCUCUCUCCCCUCUCUCUCUCUGACAGGACACUCUCAGGACAGGACAGAAGCCGGUCGGUAAAGCAGCCUUAGGAGCAGAGAUUAUUUCAUUUAAUGGACAUAAACUGAAGAAAAGAGAAGCUACCUUUACCAAACAUCACCAGGAUAACCUCUACCUCCGCGCAGUAAGUCUGUUCCAGGUUUUUAAUCACUUUAAUGGUCUGCUGGCGCUCUCAGUGUUAUUAGCAUGUAGCAUGCUGUCUCUGUGUCUGCCAGUGUUCUCAGUUUGUGACAGCACAAAGCUUUUACUUAUUUGUUUUUCACUGUAAGAGGACUUGUCAUGACUGAGGCUUGAUAUAGGAGUGUUUGUGUGCCCAGUUCUGCCACCUGUGCAUAAAGCCCCUAAGGCCAAACAUAAAUUUGUAAAGACAAACGCCUGAGGAUAACAAGAUUGGGAUAUGUUUAAUUCAAGUUUAUGAUAAAAGAUAACAUAUGUGGUUAAACCAGUAUUAUAUUUAAAAUACUGUUGAAAUGAAAUGAAAUGAAAUGAAAUCAUAUUAGUGAUGGUUUAUGGAGAACAGUUUGUAGAUGAAGUGUGGCAAAUUUUGUGUGUCUUUGGCUCCAAAUGUGGGAGGAGAUAAUUUUGAUUAAUUUGCAGAUUUGUAAAAAAGAGAGAUUAAUUUUGUAUUUUUAUACCAUCUUAAGGCUUCAUGAUUUUUCAGCUCAAGCGCGCCACAUUUUGAGAUAAAGUUACAGCUCAUAGGACUGAUUUGUUAUAAGUGAUAAAAGAUUCAAACUUGAGAUAACUGCUCUUGGACCAUCAACUGGAUAAUUAGCCCAUGAUUCCAGUAAGGAAGUUGAGACAGGAAGGACUGAUGCCACUUAAGGCUUGUCUUAUCGCACCUUUGAACCAACCCUGUUACCUUCCCGGAGGCGUUCUUAUUUUCUGUUUUGACUUUGUGUGACAUUUGUCUCUGAACUUUCACGGCUGUCAGCAUGAGCCCUCUUUAUUUCCAUUCUCCUCUGUUUAAUCACAACAUGAUGGCGCUCAUAACACGAGACACUGGCACUCGUGGGUGAAUAAUACGGUGACCUCCUGCUGUAACGGCCAGCUUUUUUUACAGCUGUUUUACAAGUUGUACCGUAAACCUGUUAUUUUAGUGUUUUCUUCCUGUUUGAUAAUUUGAUUUCAGCCUAAAGAUCCCAGAUACAAAUGUGCUUUUCCUCAGCAUAAAUACGCUUGUUUCUCUGUGACAGUGGUGUAGUAAUUAUCUCACACUGUAACAUUAGUGCCUGUGUCUCACGGUGACUCAAAGAUACUUAGUGGUGUGCAGGAGGCCGUAAAGACUGCUGAGUUACAGUACAGUCACUACAGUUUAGUUAAUGAUACGUGUGGUUUUCUGUCUGUAGCUACAUAUUUAACAGAUCUACUUGGUUUCAGUUUGAGAAGUGUUCAGACUUAGCAGCUGAGGAGGGACAGAGGGUUGUCACUGAAGUGAAGGUGAAAUCUCUAAUGUGUAGACAGAAAUACAUUUUUAAAGAUACAUUUUAUUCAGCUAGACUAAAGAAAAGUCGUCCAUAUUACCUUAAGUCUACUGCCACUGUGUGAAUUAACCUUCUGUUUUAGCAACAAAGUGGCGCCAUGUAAAGUUUAAACCUUGCUCAUCAUUUGGACACAUCUGGACUUUUUCAACACUGAUCAGGAUUUGAAGACCUGAACUCUCAUUUAAACUUUGCUUUCUAUUUACUUGUCAUGACAGUCAUUGGCUGUGAGGCCUCACUGGUCGUUUCUUUCUGCUAAACCAUCUCCAGCUGAAAGAUUGAGGGUCUGAUGCUCUGAGCCCGAGUUAUCCAUGUUCCCUGUUGCUUCAGAAGCAGUUUGAAAGGAUCCCAUGUGGAGUGAACAGAGCAGAUUGCCCUUUAGGAAGUGAGAAGGCAGUAUUAAGGUUUCGGGUCCACUUUGUUUCAUGUGGAGAUGCCCUCCAGAUUUAGCUCUCCCAGUUGUCAGGGGGACAUUCCUGCUCACUUUAGGGUCCUCUGGACGCUGGCCUGUUGUUCAGUUCCCAUGCUUUUUUUCCCUCAUGGUUCAGAUUGAUCUCUGUGUUUCAAUACUUGAUUUCUGGACACUCCACUGACCUCCAUAUUUGUGUAGUGCUGUAAUCAGUGGAUUAAUAACAUCUAGUCCAUUGGUUAUGAAGUCAAACAAACAUUUGCUGUCUCCGGCCAAUAAUGUGUAAGGCUUUGUUGCUUUUACAGCUCUACCCAUCUACAGGUUUAGGAUUGUUUGUCAGGAACAUGUCAGAAAAUGUGAGGGGUGUUUUUGUUGGACAUACAAGAUGAUCUAUCAGAUAUAACACUAAGGUACAGAUGUACUUUCCAGUCAUCCUGUGGGAUUUCAUCUUCAUGUCCAUCGGUCUAUCUCUCAGGUUUGUAGCUCUCUUGGAUGUGGUCAGUGUCAAUAUUUGUUCAGUAUCAGGCGUCAUACCCUGCCUCUCACUGUGAUGCAGACUUUGUGUUUGUAUUGUAAUGAGCUGGUCCUGGUUCUAUCAGAGAAGAUGCAUUAAGUGUUGAACAUACUGUAAAAAAACUCCUAUAUAAAAGUGAUCCAUGACUAUGAGGAAGAAUAUUGAAGAAAUAGUUUUGAUCUUAAUUUGAAAUUCCCGCUUCACAGCUGUUUCCUCAAUCCCCAUUAUGAUUGAUAAUGCAGAAUGACCAAUAAACUCCUGCUUUUAUGGCUGUUAAUGGUUAACUGAAUGGUUCAACACAACGGCAGAGUCUGUGACUUUCUCUGUGAAACUGGAGAUGCACCAGCUUUAUUAAACCAGCUUAAUAUCUGUAACAGUAUAUCUAAAGGAAGCACAGACAAUGCACCAGAAAUAACAUAAUAGUAGCCUCUACGACAGUCAUCCAGUGCAACAAAAGAGUAUAGAAACAGCCACCUAAAGGGGAAGACGCUUAGCUAAAAGAUCGCUGAAGUCAUUGGUCUCAAAAACCAGCCUUUCAGUGUGGUGGAAGACGUGAGCUUCUGCAGACCAUUGACAUACCUGGAGCUUCAGUGGGCUUCACCAAGCUGGCGUCAAUCUCAGAUCUAGUCAUUCCUGUGCUGCAAAGCUUCAUCUUCAGUCACAGAGGAGCUCUUUGCUAAUGCUACUAAUAUCAUAGAUAUCUGGACAUACAGUCUAAGUCCUGUCAGCGUGUUGAGCCUCAAAGUCAUGUAGUUUUGAUGUCUAUAUCUACGGUAGAAUCAGACGUUGUUUGUCUCAUUUUGUCUCUAUUCUAGAUAAAACUUUAUUUAUUUAUUUUUCCUGUAUUUGUGUAUUUGACCAUGUAUUUGUAAUGUAAAGCACUUUGUUAAUCUCUUUGGAUGUUGUAAGGUGCUGUAUAAAUUAUUAUUAUUAUUAUUAUUAUUAUUUAUCAUUUGGGAGGGUUCCCUAAAGGAAAUUGAAUUUUUUUAUAUCUAUCCAUAUAAUAUAUAUUUAAAAAAAUAUUUCUUACACAAAUCAAAUACUUCAUUAAGAGUAAAAGGUAAACUCCAGCUCAGGAGAGACUAAAUGCUCUUUAAAAUGGGAAAUAAAUGUGUUUAUAUCAGUGUUGAAUCAGUAUUUGCCAAAUGAGUUUGAAAAUAUGAUUGAUUAUCUGUGAAGAAUCCACUAAAAUGACUGAAGUGUUGUAUAUUUUAUGAGUGAUUGGUACAACCACUUACUAAACCCAAUAUGUUGGUAAUUUGAUGACAGAGAGAGUGUGAUUUGGUCUUUAAACCAAAGGGUUUUGUCAUUUUUCUGGCUGUGAUUGUUCAGUUUUGUGUAGAGUAUCACAUUGGUUAUCACUGCUCAGUUGGACGAUGUGCAUUUCUUGUGAAUUGUGUAUUGCAGUUUGAUUGGUCUAUAAACGUCUUGUGAUUUUUGUGCACAGGUAUACUACAAACUACUCUUUGCUGAUGUAAUGAUCAGAUCGUGACCUGAUGCACGUCUGCACACACUGUGAGGUCAUCUUGUACUCUCAGUUGAUUCAGUUACACUUCACACAUAAUUAUUUGUGUUUGUUUAAACUUUGUUGUUUGACUAACCUCAUCUCUCUCUAUUUUUUGUUAAGCCUCUUCAGUGAAUGUUUUGGGUAUUUUGUUAAAGUAUUUUGUGAUAAAAGAGCAGCAGAGCCUGUAAAACUCUCUCACCUCAUAUUAUCAUGAAAAGUCUGGUCUUGUCCAGACCGUGUGUGCGUUAUAACCCUCAGUGUGAAUUGAAGGUCUGUAAGCGGUGUGUUGCAAGCUGCGCUUAGACGUGUUUAUCUGCACUUCAAGGGUUGAAAAGACACAAAGCUUAGUCCUAAUUACCUGGCAGUAUUUCUCACAUUAAGUCUCUCAUGUUUUAAGAACAUUACAUAUUCUAAAGUAGAUAUUUUUUCUAUUUAUUAAGGUCAAUAAUCACUUUACAAUGAUAACCUAGUUUAGAGAGUAGAUAAGUGAAAGGAAGCAUGUGCUGCUUUCUUCUUAAUCUCUGGUUGAGAAAAAAUUUGAUACUUUUCUGACUGUCUGUUAUUGAUAUAAUUUUUGAAAAUCUCACUGAAUUGCCUUUACGCUCAUAGGAUGCUGUAUUUAUUACCAAAACCAGAAUAAGAUCAUUUUGGUCAUGAGAUUAAAACUGACUCAAUUUAAGAGGAAAGAUAAAAAAUACCAGUUGUAAUAGUCAUAGUAGUGAAUGUGAAUUUGGCUGACUGUUUCUCCAGUUAUCUGAAAACAAAACAUUCAGAGCUGUAGCCUCCCUUGGUGAGUCACAGAAAAGAGGUGAAAAAGUUCCCGUUGGGCUUGCUUGCAUAAUUGGACUCAGUCACUCCAGCCCCUGUAGGGUGAUUUCUCCCUCCCUCCCCUUUGUGUGUGCCCCAUUGCUACUGUGUGCCUCCGCUCACGUACACACCCUCGUGGAAGAGCAUUGUUUACCCGGAGUACUAACGUAGAGCGUUUCAAACACCCUUUACCUCCUUUCAGCUGAGCUCAGGUCAGUCCAGACUCCAAGGUCAAAGUCGCUCUGUACUGCUUCACUGUUUCUCUUCAGACGUGACUUCAAGCUUGUAUCACAGAUCAUCUGCAGUUCAUGUGACCACUUAAAUUUUUUCUUUUUAAAUCAGAUUAUCAUCAGACCGACUCUGGUUACAGUACACUCUGAAAACCCCCUGGUGGUAUUUUAAGUCUGUUUUGGGCUGCUUUUGUGUUGCUGUUCCUGAACACUGAGGCUAAUCUUCUCUGCAGCUCUAUUAUGUUCUGUCUGAAUGAUGCACUUGCUGAUUACCCAGCUGACAGUUUGGGUUUUUUCCCCUGGCUUUCUGCCUGGCACACUAAAAAGAUGAGAAUAGGAAAGAGUGAGAGAGGGCUAAUCACCAUGUCCCCCCGGUGUCACCCCAAAGUGGCUGACAGGGUCUCGCUUGGCUGCAUGGUUAACAAACCAGCAAUGUGUUUCCCUCAGUGCUAAAUUAGAGGUGACAGACUGAUGUGAAAAAAAGCUUGGACACUCAAAUCCUUGGGUUGCUUUUUCUGUGUUUAAGUAAAAUUGAGAUCUUUUUACAACCUUUAAAUGCAUCUAUAUGGAUUUAUUGCCGUCCUCAUAACACAUGCGUUACUGUCAGAAACGGUCGGUCUGAUGUGAGGUGAAGGUAAAGGCUUGACAGGCUGAAGUGUGUGCAGCUGGUGGGUCUCCUCUGACAGCUAUUAGAGAGGUUGGAUUGAUGGUGAAGUUUUGGCCUCGGCCCAAGACACUCUGCUGAUUGGAUGUGAUGCAGCACAAAGCUAAAGAACUCGGAUAAAUAAAGAAAAAUAAAAAGGGCGUCUUGUUCUGGUUACACCUGAUUACACACCAACUGUGUGUAAUCAGGUGUGUGUGUUAUAAUGUGUACAAAACGGCAUAUGUGCAUGUACUCCUCCUGUUCUUACCAUGACUGGUGGUGAGUAGCUAUUGCUUUAAUUGGGCCUAGCUCUUUGCCUCCUGGCCAGCAUGUUUUAUUGACUGCAAUAACUGGGUCGAAGUAUCAAGUGUCGUUUUGUUACCAGUCUGAAUUAAGCAUGAAGCCUGUUUGUGACGCCGAUUUGGGACAAGAGAGUAAUUGUUAGAACUGAGCUGUUUUUGUGUUGCGAGGGGCAGAGAGACCCUGCUACUAGCUUAGGAUUUCUCCAAUCUUUUUUUUAUUUUUGGCAUCAACCAAUGGGCAGUAGAUGGAUAACCUCCUGCAUACAACAGGGUUUGGGGUGUGUGGUUGGGACUGGAAAAAUGUAGCAACCAUAUGAAAGACUGUGAAAAUGGAUUCAAAAGGAAGGCUUAGAGUUGGAGGACUGAGCUGAAUGUUGAUUAUUAUUAUUAUUAUUAUUAUUAUUAUUAUUAUUAUUAUUAUUAUUAAUAAUAAUAAUAAUAAUAAUAAUAAUAAUAAAAAGACUGUGCUCUGGUAAUUUGGUUUUGAAGAGUUAUUUUGUGAGGGCAGAUAUUAUAAAACUUAACUUUGAGAUAAAGCUAAUAUGCACCAUUUGAUUCUUGUUUUCUUAUCACACUUCAUAAUGUUAGCCCAAGUUUGAGUUAAAUUGUACAGUGCAUUUUCUUCAUCAUUCAAUCUUAGUUGCCAGCUGGUGGUACCCCACCAUAAGCUUUUAGUUGCCUAAACUGAAACGAUAAUUUCCAUGUUGCUAACUUCAUUUCAAGUAAUUAAGAUUCACUACAGUUUACCAUAGGGCUGGGCGAUAUGGCCUCAAAUCCAUAUCAGGAUAUAUUGAGCAGUUCACCUCUAUAAUGAUAAUUGGACGAUAACUACUCCAGAAGCUGCUCACCCCCUCCCACAUUAACUUCGUCUACUUAAGCCGCUACAACUUUUGAACCGUCCUCCAUCUCCUCACCUGUCUUUCCCUCUUUGUUACAGACUGGAUGGGGUGGAGUCACGUCUCUGACGGGAUAUGAGACCAUAGUCUACCUACACACAUCCAAAACCUACUUUUAUUUAUUCAUUUUUUUCACACUGAAUAUAUUGACAUGGGCAAAAUGACGUUGGUUAUUGUCGUAAAUUUCGGUAUCUGUAAAUUUUAGGUUUAUCACCCAGCCCUUGUUUAACAUCAGCUCAUUAAUUAAAAUUUUUCCUCCAUUUGUAACUUGGCAUUAAUGAAAAAUCUUCCUUUUGAAUAAAACAGGCAGAAACCCUGAGCAGAACCAUGCUCUUUGUAUUGAAGCCAUUUGAUUUAAUAAACCAGGAUGAGACUCAAGGAUAGAGACACAGAGUGGGAUGAAUAUAGACAAAAAGCACUUAAAACAGCCGUGAUUUCAUUAGUAUGAUUUAUUAUAUUUGUUAUUGUUGGAGUCAAGCAGGUCUACAGAAGUUGGGAUGAUGCACAGGAACCAGAGACAAAGGAGGAUAAAACUUUCAGAAAUAUAUCAAAUUAGCAAUUUGAUAAUAGCAGCAUGUUGAGGGGCAAGACCAAGGCAAACCUAAGUUUAGUAGAAUUAAGGCCCACAUUACUAACCCUAACUCUAAACUGUGCAUCUGUGCAUCAUCUGCUGUUUAUUUUUCUAAAGGACACAUAUAAAAGAUGAAUUGAAUUGGUUCAAACAUUGAACCUUGAGGAACUCCGCAAGAUCAUGGUUGCAAAAUUUCUUAGACUUGCAAUAAACCCACCGUCUUAAAAGUUAAAACUAUCAGGGAUUUUGGAAACUGUUAAUAAGAGGUUUUUAUCAUCCUGUAUGGUCUAUUUUGAGAUUGUAGUUUUAAAUGCUAGUUAAGUAUGAUGUAUUAUAAAGAUGCUUUAUGUUAUAAGCCAGCUUUUUUGAUGCAUUAAGUUAAUAUAAGUAUACUGUAUAUCCUUUAGCAAGCAGCAUUUAAUAAACUGGCGAGUUAGUUAAUGUUUAGCAGGUCAGGCAGUUGUUCAGUCUGUUGGGUUUUAACUUGGGGGCUGUGGGGUCUCUGUCUCUUCCUCUUUAUUUGUUAGUGUAAUGUAAAUGUAUUGUAUGGUAACCACCGGAUACUAACAUUAGAUACUUGAUGUUCUUGACUGAGGUUUUGCUCUGUAUUGAGUUGAAUAAGACACACCCUCCAUAGCUGAAGCCACUGGUCUGUAUGUAAUUCAUACGCACUACCUCAUGCUAUGUAUGUGUUUAUAGGCGUGUCACGGCUAUGCUGAGGAACCUGAUCUGUGUGUAGCUUCUGGCAGUGGAAACUUGAUCUUUGUGACCCUGAUACAUGGACAGGAGACCCAGCCCUGCUUUGUUUGUAGUGACAGACUCUUUGAUCAAACAAAGGUUUGAUGCCUAGAGGGGUCCGGUCUUUGUCAUUUUGAUUACAAUCUUUUUAUUUAUGUCUUUUUGUUUAUUGACCACGUAUUAUAUUAAGGCUGCAAAAUUAUCUAAUAAAACAACUUUAAAGAAAAAGUACGACUGAAAAGCCAAAUACAGUGGGCAGUGUUGAUGUAGGGCAGCAUUGGAGCGUCUGGGUUUAAAUGAAAUAACAUAUCUGUUAUCUCAAAGAUGCAGAGUAUGCUAAGAAAGAACCAAUUGAAAGGCGGUUUCAAAAGUUGUUUUUUUCUCAUUAUUGAUUUAAAAAAAAAUAAUUCCAACAGUUAUAACUUUGGUUUUUAUUUAGGGGAGGUUUUUUUUUCAAAUGUCUUUAAACCAAUUGUGGAUUUUACUUUUAUUUGAUAAGAUAUUAGAUUUUUAAAAAUUCAGUAAUGUAUUUCCUCACCAUAUGGCCAUCUAGUGACUCCAGACUGAUGCCCCUCCCCUUUCUUGUGUUUUCUAUUUUUUCAUCAUCAGCUCCUUGACCUCUCAGUGCCUGAUGCCCUGGAAGCCUGCGUUGUCUCCCUGAUCCACCAGGGGGCCUCGGUCCCUCACUGGGACACCUCUCUCUGAGUCGGUCUUCACCCUGAAUCCUCCAGCUCCAGUCAAGCUGUCCCACCCUGCGUCCUCUCCCUGCUCCUCUUCUCUCCCUGCUCUUUUUUCUCCUCCCCUCUGGACCCCACAGCUACACCUGGACACCCAGACAUCCUUCUCCCUCCAUGAGGGGCAAGGGGAGGUGCUGGGGGCCCUGGAUGUGGCCCCACAGCCAUGUCGUUUGGUUUCAUCCGGGGACCUGGGACAACAACAACAACAUGAUGUGUCAACUUUAACAGGUAAGUCAAAAAUGAGGCAUCGAAGCGUCUUUUGAAUUGGAUGCAUUUAUUACAAUUAAGUAAAUUACAUAUUGGAUCAUUAAUUAUUAUGAAAAUUAUCUGAUGUCAAGAAUUGGAAGCAUAGAUAAAUUAAAGAGUAUAAAAAUGAAUGAAUACUGAACACUUAGCAGUAAGAGGAAAUUGUUUGUUCACAGAUUGGUCACUAGAGGGCAGAGUUGUAUUGUGGCUGACUUAUCAGUGAGCUGUGGUUGUUUAAGUGUUUUUUCUUUUCUCUUCUUUUUUCUUACCCCUGAAAACACAAACACGUGUUUAAAUAACCACUUCCCACUCUCAGACCUUUGCUCAGACCUGCCGGAGUUGGAGAUAGUGAGCCUCCUGGCAGAGGGUAAACCCAACUACACUCUGCGGGCAGAUAGUGUGUUUGGAUACGACAACGAUGACUGGCUGCACACCCCCCUGGUGCCAGCAGAGGUCGUUCUUGGACUCACGUACGAGCAGAUUGAAGAGACGCUCAAGUACUUCUGUGAGUAUCGUGCUUAUUUACUCUAGUACACCCACACAUACCAGUUUGUAUCAUGUCCUCGUAGAAUGAAAGUUAAAUUAAGCCCAACUUUGUGUUUUUAUGAAUCAUGUUCAACCUUUACUUCCAUGUUAGACUUUGUUGCCUGUAUACUGGCUGUCAUGUUUCAAGAAAUGUGAAAGAAAGUUGUGCAGCGACAAAGAUAUGAUGGAAAAGGUGUGGGAUAAGAUCUCCCAACCAGUCAGUUCAGUUUGCUAUAGAUUAGAGACAUGAUGGUGUUUAAAAAGGGUGAUCCAGAGACGUGCUGAGUGUCUCAGUCUGAAGUAAAGAUGGGGUGAAGUUCACCCCUCUUUGAGAGACUGAAUGAGCAAAUUGUUCAGCAUUAAAUUGUCAGGAAUUUGGUGAUUUCAUCAUCCGCAUUACACAACAACAUUUGAAGAUUCAGAGAAAGUGAAGAAAUCUCUGUAGAAAAGAGAUAAGGACAAAAAUCUGUGCGGGGUGGCUAUGACCUUUGGGCUUUCCGACGCCACAGCAUGAAAAAUAAUUGAAAACAGCCUCUCUACUGUGGUAAUCAGUCAGGAUUUCUUCCAUGGACCAUUGUCUGUGAACACAGUUGGUCUCUGCGUAGACAAAUGCAAAGUCAUAUAAAGAGGAAACCAUAUACUAACAUUUUCUGUAAAUGCUGGUGACUUCUGAGGGUCUGCAGCUGUUUAAGAUGGAUUGAGGUGAAGUGGAAAGCACUUCUGUGGUCCACAAUUGCACUUUCCUUUUAGAAAUCAAGGACUGAGUCAGCAUCCUUCGCUCUCAGGAAAAGAUGGACCUCCAGUGUUGCUUUUUUUGUGUUUUAUUUUAACUAAAUUUUAGGUUUUUAUGAUUUGCAAAUCCUUAUUUUUUUGGCAUUCAAGUUGUAGGACUGAGUCAACAUUUUACCACUCUCAUGUUCAUUUGUAGCCCGUACUCGACAACCUCAGUCUCUUCGACACAGACGUCAUAAACUCUGAAAAUUGUUAAUUCAGUUCUGAUCGUUUGCCUGUAAAUGGAUCAGAUUGAUUUUUGUGAAAGCUGUAACAAAUUUAAAAGAGUGAUGUUAACAUGAUAAUGAGGCCGUACCUCUCAUUACAGUUGGGUGCAACAUUUCCAAAUUAAUGGCAGUUUUUAGGAUUAUUUAAGCUUGUCCAGGCUUUAGAGAGGACAGCACCUCUAACCAGGAGUACAUUAUUGACUGGGAAAAAAGAGGUUUGUGUCAUUUAGGUACAUUUAAAAAGGAACAUCAGAACAGGUUUGUUAUUCUUGAGCAGUUGUCUCUAGGAAAAUGAUCAUAAAUACACAAAUUUGUAUUUGUAUACUGAAUGAUUUCGUAUUUUAUCCAAAAAAGAAAAUCUGUGGAUAAAUCAGUUCAGUGUUUCUGGUGGUCUCUUGGUUGCUUUCUCGGCAGAGUGACAUUGUGUUUUUUUUCCCCUCACAUGUGAAUCAGACAUGUAAAUGAGCCUAAGUCUGUGUUUAUUUUGACUGGGGUGUUGGAAAACUAAUCCUUAGCUCUAUCUCUUACACCUUCUGCUACAUUUUAGGCACAUAUGUCAAAAGUCACUAAGCUGAUUAACCUGCUGUCAUUUGGCAUCUGAAACAGUUUCCGCUUUAGAGGAAAUGCCUCGGUGACCAAUCUGACAUAACCGAGAGCAACCUAAAGAGGGUUUAACGGCAGCCAUACAGACUGUCUAGACUUGGGAGGUGAUGAAAGGUUUUUAUCCACGUUUAGACUAUUUUUGUGCAUAAGUGAUAUAAAUUUUUUUCCCCCAGCAGCCUGGUUUUCACAUUAUAUUUUGAGGGCUUUGUGUUUAACAUUGAUCCGGAAUAAAUGAGUACUGUCUGCUGUGCAAAUGCAUCAAAUGCCAUAGAAGAAUACAGUUUUUUCAGUGGGGAUCUGAGCUGUACUUUCCUCCAAGAUCCAAACUUCUCAUGUCCGUGCUUUAUAGCGACGGUUUUCUUAAGACUGUGCGGCCCUGUCCUCAGAAUGCUAACUCGGCUGUUCUCAGCUGACGCCAAAACACGUGGUCCCGCCAGGACCAGGACAGACUAACCCGGUUCACACCAAGCUGUGCCAAACUAAGUGUCUGUCUGUGUGGCAGGUGGCUUAUCGCGCUGUUUGUUUACAGUGUUCCUCACUCUUGUCCACCACCUCAUCCUUGGUUUCCUCUGUUUGCGUUUCACUUCUAGUCUUGUUGUGUUUGUAGCUCAAAAUAGCAAAGAAGGAUGUUUCUCCAUCAUCUUGGAAUUGGGCAAAAAACUGGCACAUUUUUUCUCCUACUGCUUUCUCUUCUUUUCACUAUUUCCGUCGUUUUUAUAUGUUCAAGUGCAGAUUUGUUUGGAAGGAGUUUGAAUGGAAAAGAAAUUUAUCAAUCAAUUCAUCAAUCGUUAUUUAUGUAUUGCCAAUUAAAAAGUGUGAUCCCAAAACACUUCACAAAAAAAGCUUCAUGAGUUCAACACUUUACAGCAUUUAGCGAUUUACAGUGGAGAGGAAAAACCUCCUUUAACAGGCAGAAACCUGGAGCAGGAUGAGAUUCAUGUUAGACAGUCAUCUGCCACCACUGGAUUGGGUUACAAAAAGGGAUAGAGGCCUAUUUCAGAUUGGGGUGCACAAUAUUAUUGGUAUAAUAUUGAUAUUAGCAGCUUAAAAAGUUGUGAUAUGACCAUUUCAGCAGACAUAGCCCCAAAAUGUGAUAUGUUAAGUAUGUGCAUGCUAUGACAACUUAUGUGUGCCAACAUAUUUACAAUAUGGAGGAUUUAAAGUGUCAGACAGAUGUAUUACUGAAUAUCUAUAUUUGAAAAAGACUACAUUUAUCAUACAUGGUAGAAACCUUUUUUUUUUUUCAUUCAUUUAUAAAGCAGUCACGAACAGAAAAGCAAUCAGAUUCUAGCAGAGAGUUGGGUAACAUUUUACUUGAAGGGUUAUACAUAAGAAUGACAUUAUGCUGUCAUAAUCAUGACAUGACAUCUGUCAUGUCACCUGUCACAUCAUGAAUAAGGCCAAUGAAGGUUGUCAUUAAGUGUCAUUUGGUAAAUUAUGACACCUUUAGUGCUAUAAUGACAAUAAUGCAUUACCAAACAAUGUGACUAUAGCACCAAAGGUUUCAUCAUCGACUGAAUGACACUUAAUGACAUCAUUCAUUAGCCUUUUUCAUGUUAAUGACAGGUGUCAUGUCAUGAUUCUGACAGCAUAAUGUCAGUCUUGCAUGUUGCCCUUUAACUAAAGUGUUACAGAGGAGAGACUUGGUGGAUGUAUUGGUAUUGGUAUUGAAACUGGUAUCAUCAAGAAUGAGUUUGAAAAUCUCUGCAAAUCAAAUAUCUGCAAAAAUUCAAAAUUAUGCCUCUCUUAUUUUAGAUAUAGACUGGAAAAGCCCAAUCCACAUUUGAUAAAAUAAAAAGUAAAAGAAGCAAACAUUUGACAGCAGACACAAUCAUUCAAAAUAAAAAAUAAGCCACAGUUCCUCAUAAAGGAAGACAUGGGAAAACCCCUCAGUCGCCUCUGAUGUCCUAUUUGGCAGGGAGCUCAUUUGUCUGGUUAAACUGUAAGUUUAUAACAGCAUGUUUUGCUUUUGUUGUGGAGCGUUGAAAGAUAGCAGGUAGAGCAGGUUUGCUUUUUAAUCAGUUAUUAUUUUCAGUGUAAUCAAGUGAACAGAAGCUAUCUGUAGGGGUCAAAAUAUGGUGAGAAAUGACAUUGGGUGGGACAUGUUGCAGCUCUCAGUUUGCAAUAGCGUUUGUUAAAGAUAUUGCAUGUCUCACCAAGAUUUUAUUCAAAGUUGCAUUUUUAUCUCGUCUUGUUACCUCAAGCCUCUCAUGAGCCUCUUGUUUUUGUUAUUUGAUGUAGUUGAUUUAGGGUAUGUAGGCAUGUAAAGAGAAGAUUAAAUCAAAGCCUGUGAUUGGAGCAUCAGUUUUAUGACUGGAAAAGUGACUCAGAGACGGAGCUCUUGUCCUUUUAACCUGUUAUUAUGUGCCUGAUACUUCAAACACAACUUCCUUAUAGCCUCUGUUCUUUGGAAAUACUUAAGUUGUCAUUGAUCUUUUCUGUUUACUUUAGCUGGUUGGAGUGCCAUGUCUGAGGGGUAUGAAUCAAAGCUGAUGGGUGUGUUACCCUAAAUGCACGCACUAACAAACGCCCGCAGAGGUAGAGUUUGGGAAUAAGUGUGAUAUAACAGUUGGUGAAAGCUGCAUAUCCGCUGUCACUUGCGUGCGGCGUUUGACCUGGAAAGGGUACGCUUGUGGGUGAAAAAUUGAUGAGGAAGUAAAUAUUUGAUGGUUGGAAAAGUGCUGCCUCUAGAGUAGCAAUGGCAAGGGCAAAGGACGGACAGACAGUAAAGAUAUGCAAGACAGUAAACAUGGAGAGCAGGUGUAGGAUGACUCUGGAUCACUAUGACGGGACUUGAAAAGACGAAAAAGUCUAAUUCCUGCACUUUGAUUGGAGCUCCACCAGUUUUAAAAUAACAAGAUGAAAGUAUCCACUCGGGAUGGGCGAUUAAUUAUCGUUCAGGAUAUAUCGUCAGAAAAAUCCUCCAUGAUAAAUCUUUGCCGUCUCAUGAUAAAUACGAUAAAUGCAAGUUGAUGACGUAACCGAGAGCGUCAGACUCGCAGCCAUAGACCACAAAGAGCAGAAUAACAAACAAACAAACAUGGCCGAAGAUAAUGAAGAUGUUUCUGAGCAGCUUGUUACUGAACGAGGCUCCACAUGAGGGAUUUCCUUCAAGAUUGGGGUUUAGAUGAUUUCAAUCAGGUCAGCCUGACAUCGGACAGUGGGUCUGCUGCUGUUCAUUCUGUGCAAUAAGAGUUUUUAACAAAUGUUGAAAAUAUUUUCACAUUUGAGACUUGUUUGAUUUCAUCAGUUUUCUCCAUAAACUACCACUCAAACUUGUCGUUGAGUGUCUUAUUUGACUACUCCAAGUGGUGUUCCAAAGACAAAACGAGUCAAAAAUAUAGACUGGAUUGGAAUUUUAACAAUUUUUAUCAGGACUUUUAUUAUUAUUGGCAGAAUGGCAAAUCUUACUGUGAUAAUUUUUUAGGCCAUAUCUCCCAUCCCUACUAUCCGCCUGAUAACCCAAUUUACUCUAUCUACUCUUAUGGGGGCGGUCCCUUGAUCCUCAGAAGCUGUUUAUUAUUUUUCUUUUAAUUAUUUUAACAUAAUUUCAUACAUUAAAAAUGUUGUUUGGUCUGAAAUUUUGUUAAAGCACUUCCUAUAUAUAAAGACGUUUUCAAAGAAGAUUAAUGCAUUUUCCCAUCCCUACAAUGAAAACAUGUUUUUUCUUGUUUUCUCUCCGUAAUCUCAGCCAUCACAUCUAUACUCAUAAAACACUCUCGCUAUACAGCCUUCAUCAGACCCUGAACAGUGGGUGUGGCUGUGUCUGCAGCAAUGUGACGCAGAGCCUUCUCUCUGUCUGAUGUUACGUAUGUGCACUGAACAAGAUCAGCCAUUGGUAUAGGCGGACCCUACCAUCUCCCUCAUGUCCAAAGGGGUGGGUGGGCUCGAUGCAGCAUCCUUUUAGACUGCGUCAAUCAUUCCAUUCUGAAUUGUUUAAUCAUUUUCAAACACAUAAUGCUCAUCUCUUUGAGCUCAGCCUAUAUAGCAUAAUAUCAUCAUUUAUGUGGAGUGGUUUAGAUAUUUCUUCCUCCAUCACCCCUCCUCUUCAUGCUCCCCUCUUUUCUUACCCGGUAGUCCAACGUGGCCAGGUGCACGGAGGCAGGCGUGACGACAGAUGGCCCGUACAGUCUGAGGGGAUUAUUCAUUAACACAGAGGAGCUCAGAUUCUCUCACACACAAACACAGGUGUAUACACCCACUCAGGCAGGCUAGCGGAUACAGUUUCUUCCAUCACACCGGCCAGCAGAAUGAUGCUGAAGACACAGCCGGUGUGUCUCAGCGUAGUAAACAGACAGUAAGGUCAGAAGAGCAAAGGAUUUAACGGACCGACCAAGAAGCAGAGGGCAUUUUUCUUCAGUCACCAUGGAGGUAUGGAGCUCCUCUGCCUCUGAGGAGGAAGAGGAAGAGAAGAUCACUGCCAGUGCUGUGGAGGAAGUUGUGGAGGAAGUCGUGGUAGAAGAAAAGAAAUGCCACAACAGCAAUAACAAUAAUAACAAUAACAACAACAACAAAGGCAGCCUUUGCCAGGAGGUGACGCAAGGUGAGACGCAAGAAACUGCAUGUUAAAUUAAAGAGUUAUAGAAGGUGCAAGGGUCAGAUCAGUGACCUAUGGAGCCAACGUUUGAAUAAGAGAGUUCAGAAAGAGAAAAAAAAAGUCAUCGUGUUUUAUGGUUUUUCUCCUCUGCAUGUCUCCUACUGCUGUUUGGUGUCAUUAUCCCUACUUUGCAUUGUCAUGGUUUUGGUUAUCUAAGCGCUUAAAUACUUAAUGGUGCACAGCAUGUUCUGCAGGCUGCAGUGAUGUCACUGAAAGUGCAUCACACAGAUAAUGAAUCCAUUCAGUAAAAUAUCCUUUUCAACUUAAAUUGUGAUCCAUUAUUAGUAAAACAGAAAGGGACCUUAGAUUUAUUCCAGUUUGAUUUUGACUGUUUGGGGUUAGUCUGGUGAAGGUCACUGAGUCUGUGUGCGGUGUGUUUGCUGCACCAGCAUAAUAAAAAACUGUGUACAUGUUAGCAUUAUUCACAGCUGAUGUUUUUAGAUGAAGGUCAGGCUGUCGAAUAAAGGCACCGUAUUUUAGUGUUUUUGGAUUUCUGCCCUCCUGACGGGGAUGGACUGUGAAGAGAAAAGGUUUUUUGUAAUCAGAAGGAAGUAAAAGAAUCUAAUGAGACUGAAGGAAUGAUCAUUUUCUAACAAAUGAUUGCUGUUAAACCUUAAACAAUGUGGUCUGUGGCUCAGGAGGACAGUGACUGCAGGUGCAUGGACUGUGCUGCUGCCCUAGUUUCUGCACAGUGUUGUCAGACGUCCUUGCUUGUCCUAUAUGACAAUGUCUAACUUAGGAUGUUUUAAUGAAUAUCUUCAAAAAAUAAGAUUAUAAGUGUACUUUGGUGUAAAGCAGCUUUUACAGAAAUUAUAAAUUUAGUCUUUUUUGUUUGUUUAAUUGAUUUUACAUCUCAGAUUAAAAAUGUAAACCCCUGGUUUGACCACAGCUGAUUAUAUGAGCAGGGAUUUUGCUCUAUUCCUCCUCUGUCAGGGGCGUUCUUUGUCUGAGCGAGCAUGUGGCUGAGUGAGAAAUGCACAAAUACUGCGACAUGGGCACCUUUCCAAAAAACAGGACUCUCUUCAAGUCUUUUUAUGAUGCAGUAAAAUAAAUAAAUCAGAUAAACUUUGCUCGCUGCUUUUGUUGUGUUUAGCGUGUUUUAUGUUUAUAUCUAUGUAGCUGAUGUCACUUUCAGUACAAAAUAAGAGCACCUACGUCACCAGGGUUAUAGGUACAGUAUUAGGCUAGCAGUUCAGGGUAACCGCCUGGAUUAAGCUCAACAAAAAAACCCUAAAACCCCUAGCUGGCAGCACAGCGUCUUCUCUGAUCUGUUCUGUGCCGUAGCCCACAGGUCGAGAGGAAACGGACCACGAUACUCUGCCAGAGGAGACUUUAUGGAUAUAGAGAUAAGACGCAUUCAUCCAAGCAGAAAUUAGCUGUCAAGAUGCCACCGAAAUAUCCCACACAACAUGAUGCUUAAAUGAGACUAGGACAAAUAAGUAGACUUGCACACUGUCGAUAGAUGUGUUAAUCUGCACGUGUGUGUGUAGAGUAAAAUAUCUCAAACCAGCAAACAGCCCAAGAUUGUCUUUUUUUGAUAGAGAUGCAAUCUUCUUAGAGGCUUUAAUAGGAUUGAAGGAAGUUGAACAGUUAUCUGAUUAACCUUUGUGAAUUUAGAGAAGGCAAUUUGAUCACACAGUUAACAUUUCAGUCCCCAAGAAGAUUGAUGUGCUGUUAUAAUAUUAAUCAUUAUUGAUUAUCAUUGAAGGGCGAGUUAAUAGAUUAUUAACAGGGUUGUUUUCAUCGUCACUAAGAUCAAGAAACAGCGAUUUGAUAUGAGAAACGGACACCAUGACUCUGGUUUUGAUGAGUACGUCAGUCAAAACCCUGUAAAGGUUUUUGGUGGAGUUCAGCUUUGACGCUCAUUCUUGAUUUUCGAGGCAGCGUGAUCGGUUCACCUCAAGCUCCAUUAUCACCACGUUAAUCACAUGACAGGAUCAUCAUGGUCGGCAGAUGGCAUUCGCACUAUUGUAGAGUAAUCACUGACGUUAAAGAGACUAGUUUUCUUUCCAAUUCAAAUUACUCACCGCUUUGUCGCUGAGUGAAACACAAAAUCUGCUCUUUGGGGCUUCUGACAUAUUAGGUGACCUCUGACCUUUCUCUGACAGGCCUGGUGAAAUAACUUUCACUGUUUUGCUCUUAAGACAGUUUUAUUUCUGCAUUUCUUUUAGCUUCAAUUAAUGAAAAUGGAAACAGUAAAUCACCUUGUAGCACUAUUGACAAGAUGCACUCUGUAUAUUUAAUGCUAAGCCUGCAGUAUAGCUUGUAUGCAGAGGCUCCGGGCAAAAGCCCAAGGUUGAAUUCUUUCCAUUAGUUUGAUUAGACAUUGAUACGGCUAUUCCAUCCUGUUUGUAGGCCGAAUUCAAGGACCUUGAUCUAAUUACUUUACUGUGUGGCAACCUCCCAUCUCUUAAGUCUGGCUAAGCUUUGUGAGGCUACAGAACUGAUACUGAUUUAGAUGAAUUAGAGUUAUAUUCAGGGCCCUCCUGGUUGUUCCAAAACUAAAGAUGACUGAGACUUUUUCAAUCAGGAACGACCUGCCAGAGAAGAUGAGGCUCACAGGGUCAGUUACAUCACCUCUUCAAACCCACUUCUACAGAUUUGUUUUUAUGUGAUGUUGUCCUCUUAUUGCUUUUAUCGCCUUCGACCCUUUCAGUUAUUUUUAUCUCUGAAUUCAUUUUGUUUUAUUGCUUCUGCCUCCCUCCUCUUUUACUCUGCUAUGGUGGUCCUCUUGGUCUCAGUUCAGGUGGAUCUUGUGUUUUAUAUUUUUGGGUCAGUAUCAGUACGUGGCUGAUGAUAAUGUUCAUUAUUCCCCGGGUUGUUCAGCUGUUGUUUUGUUUGUUUGUUUUUUAAUUUUUUUGAUUAUUUUAUUUUCAGUUUCAUAUAUAUGCAAAAUCUACAAAAAAAAAAGAGUCAAUAUACCAACAGUAUACAGACAAAAUUUCCCAAGAAUUCCCCCCCCAAAAAAAAGAUAGAUAUGGUCGCAGGUGUUGUUUUGUUUGUUGUAGUAAACUAGGAUCAAGAUCAAGAUUUACUUUAUUGCCCCUUGAGGGAAAUUUGUCUUAGACAGUAGAGCUCUGUUUGCUGCCGUACAUAAAAUACACAUAGAGUAACAAAUACGCACAAACAAAACAGGUAUAACAGAAAGAGGAAAGGGUUCAGCGGUCGCAUGUUCACAGUGUGUACCAUAGUGCACAUUUCAGGAGAUUAUGAUAGCACAAUAAUCAUGAGCAUCCCUUAUGGUAAGAAAGUGCGAAAGUGCUUUCCAGACAAAUAAGAACUGAGUAAGUGAAAAAUAAUUAUGGCGAGAGAAGCUGAUAAAGGAAUCUGAAAAAGUAAAACUUAAUGAACAAGAUAUAAAUGCGGAAGAGCAGUAAAAAAAUAAAAUUAAAAAAUAAAGGAUAAAGUUGUUCAUAUCAUUUAGAGUUAUUACUGGCUGACUCAAGCAGUUAUUUUUCAGCCUUACAGCAUCAAACCAGCUGCGGAACAAUAAUUAACUGUACGGCUUGAUUUCUAUUUCAAAUGCACAAAACCAACAUUUAAAGUUUGCAUUUUUAUUUAUUUUAAUUCAUUGUUUUUAAUAUCCUGCUUGAAUCCUGCUUGUGCUACAUUAUAUGUAUGAAAAAUGCUUAACGAAUAAAGUCUGAUUGAUAGAUUUAAAAAUUACGAAAACCUUAACACACUACUUUGCUGAGGAGUUAUUUUAUAUUCAGUCCUUACAAGAAGUUAACCUUUAAAACAGAAAUACACCCCCUUUAAAUACAUUGACAUUUAAUUACUGACCACUUCCACUUCCUUGUGUUUGUUUAUGGCCGCCCCAAAGUGGAGGCAAACAAUCGGAUUUGAAGCAAGUAGCAGGUCAAUGGUCAGUCACUGCGUUCUUGCUCAUGCUGUACAUGUCCCGCUGCUAUGAAUGCUGUCAGAUAAGCCCCGCCUGUGUCACAGGUUGAGCUAUAUUGGUGUCCAGGGGAGCGAGGUCUUUAUUGGCGUCUUAUCUGGACUAGAAAGGAUCAAGCUAAGAGGAUCAGUAUGAGGCUGACCGCAUGGAUGUGUGUUGUGGUUUGUGUCUGUGGGAUCUUUGAAGAGAACAAAACAUUUAUCAGACGCUCGUUUAUACAGAGACAGAAAUGUGUAAAAACCGAGUGUGUUUGUUAAAGGAAAUCAUCUUUAUUCUCUUGGUGUCAUAAUAAACCACUUUAAAUAUGUUCAAAUAGGAGCCAGAAAUAUCAUAGUUGAGAUAUUUGUCUUUCCUGCUCAAACAUAAAUAGAUGGAUUGAGCUAAACUUUUCUCCCGGCCUCUGUUUUAUUAUCGCUCAUGUUCCUUCUUAGACACUCAGGAGGAUUUCAUUGUUUCUAUUCCUGCUCUGUGUGUCCUCUGUGUUCCUGCUCUCUAUCCCAUUCAUUAAAUCCCCUCUCUCUCUCUCUCUCUCUCCCCCCCCUCCCUCAGUGCUGUGCUCAGACAGAGUGGGCCAGGUCACCAAGACGUAUCAUGACAUCAAGGCAGUCACCCACCUCCUGGAAGAGGUAAGAAAGCUGGGGACACAAAGCAGAUGAAUGGGAUUAUGGGAGAUUAUAGUGACCACCGUGUUUGUUGACCUUUUUUGCACUUUAGUCUCUGUUUGUGCCGUCACAUAAAAAGUGCAUAAAAAAGAUUUUUCCACCUUUACUGAUUGCUCACCUGCCAUGUUUUUAAAACAUUAUGCAGCUAGAAAUCUCUUCUUUCUGAAACGGAAAUAUCAUCCUACAGAAAGAACGGGAUCUGGAGUUAGCUGCGCGAAUCGGACAAUCCCUCCUCAAGCAGAACCAAGAACUCACCACGCGUAAUGAGAUGCUGGAUGAGCAGCUUGAAACUGCAAAAGAAGAGGUAAAAUCAGAUAAUAGUCGGAUACAUAAUAGAUUAAUCGCGGUUCUGCGACAGUCUGAGGAGCUGAAGUGAUUUAAAAACAUUGUACUCCAUAGAUUGCCCAGCUUCGCCAUGAACUCACGAUGCGAGAUGACCUCCUCCAGUUUUACGCCAGCACUGAAGAGAUGGAGAAUUCUGAAGCACACUCGCUGUAAGUUUACACACAAACACAAACACACACAGUACACAGAGUUUUGGAUGAUUCAGGAAUAGAAACCAAAGUUUGUAGGAGAAAAGAUUAGCUAAGACUACUUUGACCACAGGGGGGCGCCAAAAUUGACACAAACCUUAAGUUCCUCACAGGAGCUUUAAGUUAUAAAUCAUAAUAAUUAUUACUCUUUAUACCACUCCUCUAUAUGAAAUUUUAUUUAUCAUAGCUGUUAAUUUAAAGAUACCAGUAGAUGUAUUAACUUUAAAGAAAUUAGUCUAGCCGUCUAACGUUGAUUAUCUUUCUGCUCGGGUGUGUUCUGCAAGUGCAAGAUAAGAUUUUUUUCUCCUAUGAGGAAAAAAAAACGAGUCAUCUCAUGUAGACUUUGUUCCUGCAGGAUGAAAAGGAAUAGUUCGUGCACUUCUCUCACCAACCUCGUCCAAUACGACUUCCUGCAGCAGAAACUGAAGGAUCUGGAAGACGAGAACCGCAAACUGCGAAUAGAGGUGAGCAACACUGUGAGACCGUCACACAGAGAAAGCUCCAAGAAAACUUAGUCCCACAUGUGAGAUGAAAACUGUAUUUUUAUGGUCAUAUCUGUAUCAAAUGUAGAGAAGGAUUCAUAAAUUUACAUUUACACGAGAUUCAGUAACUUUAACUUUAAAAGCUUCCUCUAAGUGACAAACAUUAUCCCUGCAGGCCAGCGAGCUCACAACAGAGACAACCAACUAUGAGGAGCAGGAACAGGAGCUGAUGAUGGUGUGUGUGGACGAGCUCUGUAAGUACCCCCGUCUUGUUUCAUCUUAUGCAAACAAUGCUAAUUUGAUCAAUUACUGGUGUAUUUACAGGACUUGUGUGUUUCAGCGUCCGUUAAUAAGCAGGUCGUUGACCUUUCUGACGAGCUGGCAAGGAAAGUGGAGGACUGUCUUCGACAACAGGAAGAGAUCAGCUCGCUGCUCGCUCAGAUUGUUGACCUGCAGGCUCGCUGUAAAGGGGUGAGGGACACAAAUACACACAGAGAUUUUCCUUUCAAGGUGUCAUUGAGUAGCUAACAGGAGCAGUGGCUUUACAAAGAGCGAUGUGACCGAUCUUUAUCAUGCUAUGUGAUUAGGAUCAAAGCUUAACCAUAUAUUUUCCUCUCUUUCUCUCUUUUUCUCCAGCUCACCAAUGAAAAUGAGGAACUCAAUCAAAGCCUGAAUGCCUCCCGUGAGGAGCAACAGAAACUUAAAUCAGAGGUAAGAAACUCAAAAUCAACGAAGACAUGUCUCUGGAUGAAUCAUUGUUAUAGGGAUUAAGGAGCAUAAAGAGAAAGAAAAAAGGUUAAAUUAGGCUUGGGACGAUAAUCAGUAAAUCAAUUAAUUGCAUGAUAAACAAAAAAUAAACUCGAUAAUUUUUCCAGCCUCAAUAUAUCACCUUAUGUUUGUCUUGCACCUCCAAACAUGCUGGAUGACCAGAGGGUUCACUCUGUGCAUCGGUCUCAGCACCUGAGCGCGUUUGUGCCUUAGUGGAAUGAAAUGAAGGGAGUGAACCAUUGAAAGGGUGUUCUUGCAUUAUUAUGAUAUAUUAAUAAUCUUUCCCUCUUUGUUACGGACUGGAUGGGGUGGAGUCACAUCUUUGACGUAGGACAGCGUCUUAAAGGGAACAUGAGACCAUAGCCUAUCUACACACGUCCAAAACCAACUUUGAUUUGUUUAUUUAUUUGACACUGAAUAUAUUGACACAGACAAAAUGAUGUUGGUUAUUGUCAUAAAUUUCGAUUAAUCGCCCAGCCCUAUAUAUUAACAUUACAUUUUUGGUUAUUUUGGUCUCGAUAAUGUCGAUAAUCGUAUCAUUUAUCGUUUGUUUACAUCUAGUCUGAGUGCCUGUCGUCAGACUGUAGACUGGGGUAUUAAUACACUGACGCAUGGCCUGGCUUUGUUGCAGUGCCUUAAACCGAAAUUUAGCCCAUAGUGGGAAUAUUUCCCACACUAGUCACUGUAUGUGAACAACUUUAAACCAAGAAAAUGAACCCUGUUAUAUCAGGGUCCUUUGUCAUAGUUACUCCCGCUCUAAAAAAUGAAAAAUAGGUGGAUUCAACUUGUGUCUGCAAUUAGAAGAGGACUGUAUGCCUGAAAGAAGCACAGAUACAGUGGAUUGUUUGGUCAAAGUCUACACACAGGUCCCCACACAGACCUGUUUGUAUGCAUCUUUGGCUCAAAGGAUUCUUGUUCUGCAGUUAGUCAGAAAUGUCUCCACCUGCCUGCAGCUCAAGGACCUACAGGACAAGUACUCGGAGUGUGAGGACAUGCUGCAAGAGGCCAGAGAGGACAUCAAGAACCUGCGAAAUAAAAGUCUCCCCAACAGCACGGUGCAGCGGUACACUGCGCUGGCCUCCGUCCUCCCCAUGGACUCUCUGGCUGCAGAGAUAGAGGGCACCUUCCGCAAAGGCCUCGACAACCCAGCUCCCUCAGAGUACAAGUGAGUCUGUGAUUUUAUCAAUGUCCUCAGAAACCUUCAGGGUUUCAUUCACACCAAAAGGACAAACUGAUGUUGGUUUGUACGAUCCAGAGCACAAAGAUGGACAGCUGAUUAUGGGUUACACGGCAGGGCUGGUUUGAGAGCUUUCUGAGGGUGUUUCCAUGUUACGCUACUGCAACACUUUCUGGAAUUUGUUUUCACUGUGGCCUCAAUCCAAUUUGUCUGUUGUGGUGACUGCACAUGAGGCAUGUACUUAUGUUAUGACUUCAGCUAAUCCAAAUCACUUCACUGUGAAGAAAUAACAUGCAGGUUAAAAAGGAGUAUAGAUGUGCGGACAGGGAGGACAACUCAAAAGCAAGAUCUGAGGCUGAGAUGUAAUCAGUUCAAAUGAGGACAAAGUUUAAAUGUCCUGUUUCCUCCGACAGGAACCACCCCUGGCGUGUUUUUGAAACUGUCAAAGUAGUGAACAAGGCCGUGAGGUUGCGGUCUCAGUGCCCCUCCCCGGGUCUGCCAGGCUCCAGUCCUCUAUCUGCACGUUCAAGCUGUGCCAGCACACCCAGAACCAGCUACUACGGCUCUGAUAACAUCAGCAUCAACCUGGAGGACAAGCCCAGCUCCAAUAGUUCUCAAAGAGAGGACAACGGGUAGGUUUCAGUGUGUAGUAACAGCAAAUAAAAGCACUGUUGUUAUAAGUUGAAUGUACAUAUUCAAAAUAGUCUAAAUUUGUCACAUCUCUUCACCACAGCGUCAGUGGGCCGAAGCGUCUGGGCCAGCCCGGCACACCAGGAGGCCAGGACCUGGAGGCGGCUCUGCGCAGCCUCUCAGAUCGUCAGCAGAAUCACUCCUCAGAGCGGCCUUUCUUCGAUGUGGAGCGAGAGCGGAAACUUCACGCCUUAGUAGCAAACUGCGAAGAGGGCGAGGCCUCCAGCGGCUUCCUGACUCCAAAUGACAGCCUGGUUUCCAGCCCAGGAGCAUCCACGGGUACCAACUACUCAAACGGCAGCUCACGGCACUCCUGUGGCUCCUCUGGGGGAUCGAGGUCCUACCUGCCUGACCGCCUGCAGAUCGUCAAACCUCUGGAAGGUAAAAUCUUCAAAUCAAGACUGUGUCAUUUCCAUUACUAUAGAUAAAAGACAUAACCGAACUUUGAGGGUGAAAAUGAAGUAAAAUGUCAGUGCUUCUGUUUGAUUAUUACUCCUGUAUUGUUUGACUUCCCUUACUUUCUCUCUUGUUUUCAGGGUCAGUGACUCUGCAUCAGUGGCAGCAGUUAGCCAAACCAAACCUUGGAGGCAUCCUGCACCCGCGACCUGGCGUCCUGACUAAAGACUUCAGGGAGCUGGAGGUGGACGUGCAGCACAUCUACAGUCUGAAUGACCUGGAGGAGGAUGAGCCCGACUUGUCACAGUUGUCUGGAGCUCACAGCUUGGGUACGACACAUGUCAUUACAAAGCUUGACUGGUUUUUGAGAUGUCCGUUUCAUUAAAUCAGCAUUCCCCACUGUCCUUCUCUCUGUCUGUCUGUCUCCUCUCUUUUGUUGAAUCUCAUGAAAUGUGAGUUUCUUCAUGUGUAGUUACAUUUGCCUUGUCUCCCUCCAUGACCUCACAGUCUCUCCAUCUGGUCCAAACCUCCCUCAGACCUCUCCCACACAUACCAUUACCACCUGCAAUGUCCUCCAACCCUCCCUCCUCAUCCCCUCAUUCUCCACUAGGUAAGAUAUACUCGAUGUAUACAUGUGAUCUACUCCACCACUGCCUUUGUGAGGUUUUAUGGGGAUAUUGUGUUGGUCUGUUGUUUCUUUUUAAGUAAGAUUUGAUUAGAUUUGUAGGAACUGGAUUUUUUCUUCGCUUUAUGAAUCUCAGAGGCUUUAAAGACCCACUCUGAUGAAAAUCAUGUUUUUCUUGUUGUCUACAUGUUCUUUUGGCAUUUUUGUGAUGUUACUGGACGUAUCAUGAGAAAACUAAGUGCAAAAUUACAUUUCUGAGUAUUUCUUUACUCAAAUCACUGUGGACCUCUGGCAGACGAGAACAGCAGGCUCAGAUUCAGGGAGAUUUCUUAUGUCACAAAUCCAAGCUCCGCCCCCUGAGUCAUCGCAGAUUGCAAUGCUCGUAAGAAAGCUAAAGCUUAAGAUAUUAGCUUUCAUCAUUUCCCUAAAGACAUUAGUGUCCGGGAGUUGAAUAGCUCUUAUAUUACCUGCUACUUCUACUACACCAGCAAUGUUAGGCUACAAGCUAGCGUGAAGAGGAGUGUGCAGAGCAGUGCUGUCUCCGCCCACGACUCAGGUGAAUAGCUGAUGAGCUACUGGAGCUCUGAAGAAGAAAAGCCCUUAAAAAUGGUCUUUUUAAACAUGGUCAUUUUAUGUUGUAGGGUUCUUGUAUUGUCUGGGUUUUUUAUGACAAAUGAAAUUUGCCUUCAAUUCGGAGGCCUUGUUUUUAACUGAGCUGUUGUUUUUUAUUUGUUUUUAUUUCCAUGUGCUGAUGUUCUGUACUUUACGACUGCUUGUCAAAGCACUUUAGAAACUUCUGUUUUUAAAAAUGCUAUAAAAAUAAAGUUAUCAUUAUUAUUAUUAUUAUUAUUAUUAUUAUUAUUAUUAUUAUUAUUAUUAUUAUUAUUAUUAAAAAUGAAACAGGUAACAUGAUUUUGGCUAAAGCCUAAAUAAUCACAACUUAAAGACCACUGAGAAAACUUUAAAUAGUAAAAAAAAACAAAAAGAUCGUAGUGGGACUUUAAAGCGUUUCUGAGGAAAGAUUUGGGUGCGUUCAUUAAUUCGUUUUGGUCAUCUAAGAUUUGAUGCAGCUCCUCAUCAUGUUCUCACUCUGCCCCUCCAUUUUCUUCCUCUGAAUUUCUGCUCUCUACCCUCCUCAGCGAGAGAAAACGCCUGUCCAAGCUCUUCCUCCAACUUUAAAAGAAGCCUGUGGGGCAAAGUAAGAGUGUAGGGUUGUGUUGGUUUGGCAGGAAUGGCAGAGGCACGGCUUUAUGUUUGUUUGAAAACUUUUUUUUUUAGCCUUUUCUGCUUUAAUGAAGUUGUAAAUUUUAGGUCAGAGGCGAAGAGUUUACACAUUUGCUGUGAACUAACAGGAAUGAUUAAACGCCCGUCUUCUGCUUCCUACUAACACUUCUCUAACACAGCUGAACUGUAAAGUCUUUUUUGUUUGACUCCACUCAGCAUGUCUCAUUACAUGUUUAAAUGUAUUUUCCUCCCUUUAGGUUUUUAUCCAGGCAAACAAUCAGCUCCUGAAGCUCCUGCCCCACUGACACCAUGUUUAUCCAUAUAUUUAUCCAUAUUACAGACCUCAAUGACGAAUGAACUAACUCGGACUGUUUUGAUUGUUUCGUUUUAUUCAUCAUUUGUUAAAAUCUUGCAUGAGCGUUUAACAGGAGGAGCUAAGUUUGGGACUUUGAUCACCUGAUAAUGUUUUUAAUCUGAAUUUUCUUCCUUUUUUCUGCAGGCUUCGCUCUCUCAGCCUGCCACCUUGUCGGAACUGUGAGCUCGUGAGCACUUCGUGGCCAUCUCAUAUGCAGCACUUUGGCCUCAGAGGUCAGACCACCUCCACCACCAUGACCACAAAUCUCACCACUCCAAGACUUGGACUCGUGCAGCUGCUGCAGGAGCGCGGCAUCUCUGCCUCUUCUCAAUGCCAUCAUAACCAGCACUACAACCAGAGCACUACACCCUCGGACUCAUCAUUGAAAGACAGAGGAGGAGGAGGCUCGCGAUCAUUGGACAGAGACGGAGGAAGGAACAUUUUCAGUUUGAACUUGGUGGCAAAGCUUCAGAGUUUGGGGCUGCACAGAGUGGCAGCCUGGGGGAUGAAGAGACAGCAUGAAGCAAAGAGAGGGACAGAUGUCCUCUGA